AUGCCCAUAUUUGACGAUCGAUUUGCACGUCAGAACCGCUGCGAGCCUCCACCAGAGUUUCCUCUGGCUUCACCCUAUACAGGCAUAGUUCACCUUCUUUCGGGUCCGGCCCCGUAUGCUCUUACUCAAAUCCAUCCGAGAACAUCAGGAUCGGUCGAUGAUGCGCCGAAGCUCUCACCUGCGUUCACUUUCAUUACGCGUAGGGGUUUGACACCCGAACACUCGCAUACGAAGACGACUCCUUGGUCCGUGUUUCAAGACGGGUCGUUGAUGACCAUUACGCCAGCAUCCUUGCAGAUGCGCGAACCUCAGUCCCCCCCAGGGUAUUACACAACGGGCUAUAACACUCCCCGAAGAGAGCCACAUUCCCGAAGUCUUUAUCCCCCGGGGAAAACUGAUGCUGGCCUGGACUGGAAAAGUGCACUGGGGAGAACCCCAGAUGAUUAA